AUGAUAUCACAUGCCCUACAUCCAACGCUGGACCUAAAACGUGUUUUUCUGCUACCGUGCCCAACUUUUUCUCAUAUCACUCUCUCCAUUCUUGACCUCUAUAUAAUAAGAAGAACUAGUUGCUGUUUAACACUGUCCAAGAAGCUCUACACUCUUCUUCCCACAUUUCUGGCACUUGCUUCAGAAAUGGCUUCCAAUUCCAUUCUUCUUCUUGCCAUCUUUCUUGUGUUUACAACAAAGGUUUUUUCUCAUGAAGAAGAUCUCAAGAUAGUGGUGCAGUAUGCAAAUCCUCAAGUUCCUGCAUCUGCACCAGCACCACCACUGAAGGCACCAACUCCUGCUCCUCCUGUGAAAUCACCAGUGACCACACCAAGUCCAACUACACCACCUGGUCAGUCCCCAACAGUGAAGCCCCCAACAACCCCACAAGUAAAGCCACCAGCACCUACACCCCCACAAGUAAAGCCACCAGCACCUACACCCCCACAAGUUAAGCCUCCAACACCAACACCUCCAGUGGUGUACCCUCCUCCUCCAUCACCAGUAGUGAAAUCAAUAAAGGAUUGCAUUCCACUGUGUGGUUUUAGAUGCCAAUUACACUCAAGGAGGAAUAUGUGCUUGAGGGCAUGCAUGACCUGUUGUGACCGAUGCAAAUGUGUUCCUCCUGGAACUUUUGGCAACAGGGAAAAGUGUGGCAAAUGCUACACUGAAAUGUUGACUCAUGGCAACAAAUUCAAGUGCCCAUAG